UGGUCACAGAAGCAGGGAGGGCAGGAGGCAGGGCUGGGCAUAAAAGGAAGAGCGAAGCCAGCGGCUGCUUACACUUGCUUCUGACACAACCGUGUUCACUAGCAACUACACGAACAGACACCAUGGUGCAUCUGACUGGUGAGGAGAAGUCUGCCGUCACUGCCCUAUGGGGCAAGGUGAACGUGGAGGAAGUUGGUGGUGAGGCCCUGGGCAGGCUGCUGGUUGUCUACCCCUGGACUCAGAGGUUCUUUGAGUCCUUUGGGGACCUGUCCACUGCUGAUGCUGUUAUGAAAAACCCUAACGUGAAGAAACAUGGCAAGAAGGUGCUAGCCUCCUUUGGUGAGGGCCUGAAGCAUCUCGAUGACCUCAAGGGUACGUUUGCUGCGCUGAGUGAGCUGCACUGUGACAAGCUGCACGUGGAUCCUGAGAACUUCAGGCUCCUAGGCAACGUGCUGGUGGUUGUGCUGGCUCGCCACUUUGGCAAGGAAUUCACCCCGGAGGUUCAGUCUGCCUAUCAGAAGGUGGUGGCCGGUGUGGCUACUGCCUUGGCCCACAAGUACCAUUGAGAUCCUGGCCUAUUUCUUGGUGACCAUCGGAAGACCAUAUUCCCCUAGAUUCUAUUUUCUGAACUUGGGGAAAUAAUGUCUACCCUCAAGGGUAUGGCUUCUGCCUAAUAAAGAACUUUCAGCACAA